GUGUAUCUCAUAUAGAACCAUACCAUCUCUUCAUGCUUAUUUCGCCUCUGAUUCGGCAAAGCAGUACACUGAUUCGGAACGUCAGAAUAAUAGGCCAUGCAAGAACGAUGACAACUUCGACUGAAACAGAACAAGUUGCAUCUUCAGCAAAGGUGGAGGAAAGGACGGCUGACAAGACGGAUGUACAGACGAAAGAGAUACCCAACAAACCCCUCAAAAGAUCACUUGAGUCGAAUAAACUACCUUCAUUUCCUGUUUCUGGUAUCUUUGGUAUUGUCAAACCAAGUGGACCUUCUUCAAUGCAAAUAUUGGACAAAUUGAAACCUAUGCUAGGAAAAAGUAAAGUAUUUCAAUCAAUAAACACCAAUCAACAGAAAUCACGCAGGAAUCGUAGAGGUGCAGGUACAAUACCAAAGAUAGGACAAGGAGGUACUCUGGAUCCAUUGGCAGAUGGUGUUUUGGUGGUUGGAAUCGGAGCUGGAACGAAAAAGUUGCAACAAUUCCUUGAUUGUUCAAAAGAAUACAGAACAGUAGGAUUGCUGGGCUGUUCAACAUUGUCUUACGAUUCUGAAGAUCCGAUAUUGGAACACAAGCCGUUCGACCAAGUGAAAGCUGAAGGUGUCAAAGAAGUAUUGCGUGAAUUUGAAGGGGAUCUAAUGCAAUUUCCGCCUCUUUACAGUGCAGUCAAAAUUGACGGUAAGCGAUUAUUGGAUUAUGCAAGAGCAGGUGAAGAUUUACCAAGACCGAUAGAAGCACGAAAAAUCACAAUUCAUAAAUCAUCCCUUGCAAAAUGGCAAGAGCCUGAUCAACACGAAUACAAUGCUCCCAGCAAGGAAUGCAGCGCAGAAGAGAGAAAGAUCGCAAAGAGGGCCAGAAGAAUGGCAGGGCUAGAUGGGAAACAAACAGAAGCAGAAGAGGAAGCGGCUGAAUCGAGUGAAUUGACAUCCAAAGAACAAAGAGCUCCCGCAUUCACAUUGGAUCUUACCGUUUCUUCAGGAACGUAUAUCCGCACAAUCGUUCAUGAAGUAGGACAAAAGCUCGAUUCUGCAGCACAUGUUGUCAAAUUGACUAGGACAAGGCAAGGUCCAUGGGUAGUGCCAGGGUAUGAAAGCAGCCCGAAUGAUACUGCAAUUUUGCGGGAAGCAAUCGAAUGGGAAGUGUUGGAGAAAGCAAUCUCAGAAUACCAUAAUGGGGAAAGUGCAAAGAAAAGAAAGACAGAAAACGGGCAAACCCAAGCUACGAAUGACGUUCAAGAUGAUCAGGAUCUGCAAGAAUGGGAAAGGCUCAUCUUAGAAAGGAUGGAAAUUUGUUAGAAUAUAGAUCGGAUUAUGCAUACUCUUUGUACAAUAUAGCAUAGCAUUAAGUCAUAAAAUACUUUUAAAGUGAGAAG